ACAUUUAUUGUUAAACAUAAAGAAAAACCAGCAACAAAAGUAGUGGAAAAACAAUUAAAAAUGUUAAAGUUUAUUAAGAAAUCAUUGAUGAGCCUGUACAUGCAGUAUGAAUUGGUGACAUGCAUUUACAUGUUUGAGCCAUGGGAAAAGAAGUUAAUAAAUGGUUUUGUAGCUUUAAUAUUGGCUUUGGUGUUGUUCUCCAGCUAUGUUUAUUUGCCAUCAUAUAUUCAGACAUUUUUGCAAUUUGUAACACCUCUGCCAUUACAAGAACAAAGUCAAGCGGCAACCUCUUCAUAUGCAACGCCCAUAUUACAAGCCGAUAAGAUAAGUAUACGUUAAGUUUUCGUUACACCCAAAACAAUUAUACAUUUUUAAAUCUUUAUAUUAUUAAAACAAGAUAAAAACAAUAUUUUUUAAGAAUCUUAGUGCAAUGUCUAUCUAUAGAUCAUUUCUAUUAUAUAAAUUUACCACGAAUUUGUUAAAUAUAUCUUCCUGUUGGUAUUUAAAUAAGUUUAAA